AUUCAAUAAAUCACAUACUUGGCUGUUUGACGGAUGUUCGGUCUCUAUAGAGCAACAAACUUUCUAUGCAUAUUAUUUUUGCUCCAAACUUACUCACAACGUAUUCAGGUAAUCUAUGAGGGGCAGAAUGUUGCAUUCUAUUGUAAUGCUACCGGUGGCUCCAAAAAUGAUUACAUACACUACCAAUGGGAGGUUAAUAAUCGUGAUCUAAUAGCCACUGAUGCCUACUUUCAUAUAAGAGGCAUCCAGAAAAGUGAUGAGGGUGAGUAUAAAUGCAUUGCUACUCAAUAUGUAAAUGGGACUCCUAUCGUCGCAACUGAAUCCACAUUUAUCAGUGUUCGCAAAGCUGAUUCCAUCAUAACUCAAGAUGUCGAAGAAGGAAUUUUGGUUCGUAUUUUAUGCAAUGUAAGUAGUGAUGAGAAACCUGAUGGUGCUGGUCCAUUUCGAUACGAAUGGCGUAAUCCAAAUGGUACAUUAGUUGGAACUCAAUGGAAAUUAGAAUUGGGCCACAUCAAAGUACAUGAAUCAGGCAUAUAUGUCUGCCGUGUUUCAUACGAAUUUGACAAAAGACAAAUGUCCACCAGUUCAGCAACAAAAAUAAAUGUUAUUCCACGUGCCGGUGUAAUAUUUCCAGGAAUUCGUGGAAACGUAUUAGAAGUUUUAGAAACAGGUGAUAUUUUGCAAGAAUGUCAAGUGGUCAGUGCAAAGCCAUCUCAGUAUAACUUCCAAUGGUUUGGUCCAGAUGAUCGUUUAAUAUCUAAUUCCGCAUUUCUUCAAAGAGACUAUAUAACAAGACAACGAGAUGAAGGUAUUUACCGAUGUGUGGCUAGUCCAGUUGAAGAAGGGAGAUUACAAGUCGAGAAUAACCUAAUUGUAACAACAGCACCACUACGUUUCCAGAUUACAACCAUAGAGGAGGACUUAAAUAUUGGAGGUUUUACACAUCGUCGUAUAGUACCAGUUGAUUCAUCUAAACCAAAUCUUACUACUCGUGAAACUUUUAUAUACCAGUGGCUAGACACAGAAAUGAAUCCAAUUCUUGAUUCGAUGGGGCCAGAUCUACGUAUCAAGUUUCAAAGUCCUUCAGACUUUGGACGAUAUUCAGUUCGUAUCACUGGAUUGAAUUCUGGCUAUCAGAGAGAUCUGAGUGCUUAUAUAACUAUGGAUGGUCGAAAUGGUGAAGUAGAACCAACUUAUUCUGUUGUAAUUCGAGAAGUCUCUGGUCCCCUUUAUUUAAAUGCACGGUUAGAAUUAGAGUGUUCUCCAAGACCACCAAAUUCAGCUGCUAGAAUUAAUUGGCUUGGUCCAGAUGGAAUGGUAGUUUCCGAUUCUAGUAAUAUAGUAUUUGAACGUUUCCAACCUCAUCAUCAAGGUAGAUACACAUGCCAAAUCUUACUACCGAAUCAAAUUAUUUUACGUCAAAGUGUAGAAUUGGUUGUUUCCGGGACAUCAACAGAAAUUCCAGAACCUGAUAGACUCUAUACAAUUCGAAUUAUUCAAUCACCUACAUAUUUCAGAUAUAAUGAUGCUGUACACCUACAAUGCAUUGUUUCUCCUACACCCCCAUUAGUAUCAUAUGAGUGGUUUAAAGACGGCGUGCUUAUUGGACGACAAGCAGAUAUCCAUAUACAGAGAUUUACCCCAGAUGAUGUUGGUCGGUAUCAGUGUGUUGCCCGACUUGACAGUAUGGUACUUACCUUUAACAGUACGAUAUCUAUUGACGAUGGUACAGGAGUGGAUUUAAUAAUGCGACCUAAUAUCAUAUAUAUCCCUGCAUUUCAUCCAUUUGAAAUUGAAUGUUUAUCUAUACGUACCGGUUUAUCACCUAUUGCCAUAUUUGGUAAUGGUGCACCUAUUGAAUCAGAUAAUCGAUUUACAAUUAUAAAACCAAAUGAACAACGAUUAAUUAUAAAAGCUACAGAUGGUUUAUCAAGUGUUUAUAAUGGUUUACGUAUUCGUUGCAUGUUACCAGGACUCAAUUAUAAAGAAGUUACAUUAUACAUAAUGGAUAUUUGUACUGCUAGUCAAUCACAAUGUAGAACUCGACAAUGUAUUCAAACCUCUUCAAUAUGUGAUGGUAAAGCUGACUGUCUUGAUAAGUCAGAUGAGGGUAGCAGUUUUUGCAAUGCUGGACUUACUGUGAUUCCAACUCGUAUUGUAGUUAAACCAUCAGAACCUUUUUCACUUAAAUGUCAAACUAUUUUACCAGGGACCAGAAUGCCACAUGCACGUUUUGUACAUAGUGGUCAAGAUGUAGAGUCCGAUCCUCGAUUUAUCAUUGAGAGAUCUCCAGGUAUUCUGCUUAUUAAGGCACCAUAUGGACUUUCAGUAGAAGCCAAUGAUACAAGAAUUGAAUGUUACUUUCCCGAUGAAAGCCCUAGAACUGCAAUAAUCAAUGUAGUUACUGAUCGAUGUGGAUUAGGAUACUUCAUGUGUUAUGACGGAAAUUGUAUACAACAAUCUCAGAGAUGUGACGGGCAAACUCAAUGUCCCGAUGGAUCUGAUGAAAUUAAUUGUGUUUGCCAACCACCUAGCAUUCUUUGUUCUUCGGGUGAGUGUAUUACUCCUGAAAUGCGAUGUGACGGUACACAACAUUGUCGAGACGGUUCAGAUGAAAUUGGUUGCCCUCCUCGUUGUCGUCCUGGUCAAUAUCAGUGUUCUUCUGGUGAAUGCAUUGAACAACAAAUGAGGUGUGAUGGUCGACAAGAUUGUCGGGACGCUUCAGAUGAGACUGGUUGCCCUCCUCGUUGUCGUCCUGGUCAAUAUCAGUGUUCUUCUGGUGAAUGCAUUGAACAACAAAUGAGGUGUGAUGGUCGACAAGAUUGUCGGGACGCUUCAGAUGAGACUGGUUGCCCUCCUCGUUGUCGUCCUGGUCAAUAUCAGUGUUCUUCUGGUGAAUGCAUUGAACAACAAAUGAGGUGUGAUGGUCGACAAGAUUGUCGGGACGCUUCAGAUGAGACUGGUUGCCCUCCUCGUUGUCGUCCUGGUCAAUAUCAGUGUUCUUCUGGUGAAUGCAUUGAACAACAAAUGAGGUGUGAUGGUCGACAAGAUUGUCGGGACGCUUCAGAUGAGACUGGUUGCCCUCCUCGUUGUCGUCCUGGUCAAUAUCAGUGUUCUUCUGGUGAAUGCAUUGAACAACAAAUGAGGUGUGAUGGUCGACAAGAUUGUCGGGACGCUUCAGAUGAGACUGGUUGCCCUCCUCGUUGUCGUCCUGGUCAAUAUCAGUGUUCUUCUGGUGAAUGCAUUGAACAACAAAUGAGGUGUGAUGGUCGACAAGAUUGUCGGGACGCUUCAGAUGAGACUGGUUGCCCUCCUCGUUGUCGUCCUGGUCAAUAUCAGUGUUCUUCUGGUGAAUGCAUUGAACAACAAAUGAGGUGUGAUGGUCGACAAGAUUGUCGGGACGCUUCAGAUGAGACUGGUUGCCGAGAACGAGUAAAUAUUCGUGUAGUGCCAGAUAUCAUUCAUACACAGCCGUACGAAAAGUGGAAGUUUGAAUGCUCUGUGAUAGGUGCAGAUAUAGAACCAAUAGUCAAAUUCCAAGAUGGUAGACUUGUCGAAUCAGAUCCUAACUUUCGAGUUACUCGCAUUGAUCCCAACACUGUCAGCGUUGAAGCGAUUCAUGGCUUAACGGAAAAAAAGGAGCGUCUUAGCUUCAUAUGUACAUUCCCUGGUGGACCAGAGGAGGAGAUAGAUGUUUAUGUUCGACGACGAUGUCCUCAUGGUGAAUUCAUGUGUAAAGAUGGAACAUGUCGUCCAGAAAGUGAUUUUUGUAACGGUCGAGUUGAUUGUCCUGAUGGUUCAGAUGAACGACCUCCAUAUUGUAGGGAAAUUGUACAAGUGGAAGUUAAACCAAGCAUUAUUCAUGUUCAACCGUAUAAACGUUUUGAAUUUGAAUGUAUUUCUUAUGUUCCUGGGAUAAAACCAGAAGCUCGAUUACCUAGUGGUAUACUUGUAAGUCAAGAUCCACGUUUUAAUGUAAUAUACCUUUCACCAAAUCAUCUUCAAGUAAAUGCAAUAUAUGGUUUAACAGAUAGAGAUCAUCCAUUCCAGAUUUAUUGUAUAUUUCCUGGAUUAGAAAAUAGAACUGCUGUAAUAGAAAUUGAAAGACCUUGUCCAAGUGGACAGUUUCAAUGUAUGGAUGGACGAUGUUUACCAUCUAAUGUAUUUUGUGAUGGCAAAUCGGAUUGUUCAGAUAGUUCAGAUGAAAAUGAACGAUACUGUGCUGUAAACAUCAGAGUGACACCAGGUUCGAUUCGUGUAGUCCCAUAUCAACGUUUUCAAUUCGAAUGUUCAACGUCAAUCCCAGGCGUAUCUCCUCAAGUAACGUUUGACGAGCGUUCAGUAGAAAGAGACAAUCGUUUUGUUGUUACUCGUCCAAGUCUUCAAACUAUAGUAGUGACAGCGCCAACUGGCUUAUCAGAAAUUGGUGCACACAGAUUUAAAUGUAUUGUAUCCGUAAAUAUUGUUAAAGAAGUUGAUGUAGAAAUCAUAAGUGAAUGUCCACCUGGGCAAUUAAAAUGUAGAUCUGGUGAAUGCUUGCCAAGAGCAGUAUUUUGUGAUGGGAAGUAUGAUUGUCCAGAUAGAUCAGAUGAAGAUCCAAGAUCAUGUGUUCCUACAAUUAUUAUUACUCCAACAACAAUUUUAACAAGACCACAUGAAUCUUUUCAAUUUGAAUGUAAAUCAGUUAUGCCAGGUGGUGAACCAAAAAUUACACUUGAAGGUUAUCCAGUUGAAAAUGAUCCUAGAUUUACAAUUGUACGUCCAAGCCGUGAACAUGUUAUUGUUCGAGCAGAAAGUGGUAUUGCUGAUCCUGGAAAAUAUUCUUUCACUUGCACCGUAGUAAGUGCAGCUAGUAAGACAAUCGUGGUACAAGUUGAAUCAGUAUGUCCACCUGGUUAUUCUAAGUGUAAAGAUGGAAUGUGCAUCCUGGACAACCAGUUUUGUGAUGGGAUAAUUCAUUGUCGAGAUGGCUCAGAUGAAGACAAGUUACGGUGCCCUGAAGUGGCUGUUGAUGUACGAGUUCACUUUACUCCUGGUGAAUUACGAAUUCAACCUGGUCGAGCAUUCCGUUUGGAAUGUGUGACGGAUAAACCGGGCACAUCUCCAGUUUUACAGUUUCUUGAUGGGAGACCAAUAACAAGUGACCCAAGGUUUGUGGUUUCUAGGCCAUCAACUGAACGUGCCAUCAUAGACGUUCCUGGAGGCCUUGAUGCCAGAGACAGACAGAUCAUAAUCGAAUGUGUAUCUCCCAGUGGUGAAAGAAAAACGUCAACCAUCUUCAUCGAACUGGGUUGUCAACCAGGACAAAGACGAUGUCCCAGUGGGCAGUGUAUAUUUGUUGGUCAAUUCUGUGAUGGGAAACCUGAUUGCGAUGAUGGAUUUGAUGAGAAACCUGAAAACUGUGAGUAUUGUGAUCCAAUAACAAAACCAUGCGAAGUUGUGAAUGGUAAACCACCUAAAGAAAAAACCUAUGAACUACAUUGGAGGUGUGAUGGCGAAGAUGAUUGUGGAAAUCGGUUUGAUGAACAAAAUUGUCUAAAUGACACUCGUGUACCAGAUAAAGAGUGUGGUGCUACUCAUUUCAGAUGUGGUACUGAACCAUAUCAGUAUAUACCGUUUGCAUACUGGUGUGAUGGAGGUCGUGAUUGUCGAGGUGGUGAAGAUGAAAAUGAUUGUUCCCCACCUACCAUAAUUCAAACUCAACGUCAAGAAACUCAUAGAGUUCGUCCUGGUGGUAGACUGAUUUUAGAAUGUGAAGCAUCCGGUGUUCCACCACCUAUGAUUAUUUGGCGUUUCAAUUGGAGAUGCCUUCGUGAUGAAACACGAAUGAGAACCCAAGCUGUGCCAAGUUCGCUUGGAUGUAAGGGUUCAAAGAGUCGUUUAACAAUCGAAAACUUCAGGGAAGGUGACGAUGGGAUUUAUAAUUGUGAAGCACUGACAUCGAAAGAAAGAGCUAUGUCCCAGGAUAUAUUUGUUUUUCUAUCUCCUUAGUUAUGUUUUCAUUUUCACGUGAUAUUAUGGAAUAUCAAGUUGAAUGAAUAGUUAUAUUAUCAUUUUAUCAUAUAUUUUUAAAAUUAAUUUAAUUCUUUGUGUCAAAAUAGCAAUGUUCUGAAUUUCAAAAUAGUACAUCUUUCAAUCAUCUUACAAACAAUGUAUUAAUUUUGCCGUUUGAAAUUCUAAUUCCCAAGUUAUACAUUAUUCUGUUACAUGAAAUUUAAAAUAUAAUGCUUAUUUGAAGA